AUGGGGAGCGCACCACCUCAUGACGCGCUAUUGCCACUUGACCCCGAGACAUUCGCCGCGGAGUCGCGCCCGGUGAUCGACUUCCUAAGUGGCUACUACCGCGACGUCAACAAAUACCCUGUCCGGUCCGCCGCCGAGCCAGGUCGCCUCCGCACGCUUCUGCCAGACACGCCGCCCGAGCACGGUGAUCCGGUGGACGUCAUACUGGAGGACGUGCAGCGACACAUCGUCCCCGGACUGACACACUGGCAGAGCCCCAACUUCUUCGCCUUCUUCCCGAUGAACGCGAGCACGGCCGGGUUCGCGGGCGAGAUGCUCUCCACCGGUCUCAACGUCGUGCCGUUCGCGUGGGCCGCAUCGCCGGCCGCAACCGAGCUCGAGGGCGUCGUGCUGGACUGGAUGUGCAAGCUGGUGGGCCUCCCGGACCGCUUCCUCUUCUCCGGCGGCGGCGGUGGCGUGCUGCACGGGAGCACCUGCGAGGCCGUGGUCUGCACGCUUGCGGCCGCGCGCGAUCGCGCGUUGAGCAGGCUCGGCCAUGAAGCCAUCAUGAGGCUGGUCGUCUACGCCUCGGAUCAGAGCCACUCCACCUUCCAGAAGGGCGCGAGGAUCAUCGGCAUUCCGCCGUCCAACUUCCGCGUCAUCCCCACAUCAGCGGCAUCGGGCUACGGCCUCACCGCGGACAGUGUCCAGGGCGCGGUGGAGGCAGACGUGGCCAGUGGGCUCGUGCCACUGUACCUGUGCGCCACCAUUGGCACUACCGGGGUAGGCGCCGUCGAUCCGGUGCGCCAGCUCGGGGAGGUGGCGCGACGGCACGGCAUGUGGCUGCACGUCGACGCCGCGUACGCCGGUAGCGCGUUGAUAUGCCCGGAGUUCCGGGACUACAUCGAGGGCGCCGAGCUCGCGGACUCGGUGAGCAUGAACCCGCACAAGUGGUUCCUCACCAACAUGGACUGCUGCUGCCUGUGGGUGGCCAGCCCAGCCCUGCUCACCUCGGCACUCUCCAGCAACCCGGAGUACCUCAACAAUGUCAGCGAGGGAGGCGCAGAUCAGGUGGUCGACUACAAGGACUGGGAGAUCGCACUAUCGCGGCCUUUCCGUGCCAUGAAGCUGUGGGUGGUCUUGCGCCGCUACGGCGCGGCGGGCAUGCGGGCGUACAUACGGAGGCACGUCCAGAUGGCCAAGUGGUUCGAGCGGACGGUGAGUGCCGACGAGCGGUUCGAGGUGGUGACGCCGAGGAGAUUCUCCCUCGUGGCCUUCCGCCUCCGCCCACGGCACGAGGGUGACCACCACGCGGUGGACGCCAUGAACCGCAAGCUCCUCGUGGCGAUCAAUGCGAGCGGGCGGGCCUUCAUGACGCACUUUGUGGUGGAUAGCAAGUUUGUGAUCCGUAUGGCCGUGGGCGGAGCCAUGACGCAGAUGCGGCACGUCCAGGACGCGUGGGAGCUCGUCAAGGAGAAGGCCAAGGAAGUAGGCGCCCUUCCAACAGAGUAA